AUGAAAGGAUCUAUUGCAACAAGGACUAUUUUCUACUUUGCAGCAGCAGCAGCAGCAACACAUGGUGCCAUGUUUCUCGGUGCAUCGGCCCUACUGAUUCCAGACCACCAAACAGCGUCAAGUGGAUCAUCAAAUUCUCAUCCAUCCAGAGCGACGGUUAGGGUGCAGCAGUCUUCUACGUUUGCCGACUCGUCCUAUUACUUUCCUCAACAUCGACAGAGAGAAGUAGCUACGAGACCACAAAGCAUGGAACUCGUUGAUCAAGUGCGACACGAUGCCGAAGUCAGCUUUUCCAUUUUCGACGUCAAUGGCCGUGGCAGUAUUUCGCUAGAAGAAUUCUCGAAUCAUUUGGUGAAGCGAAUUGGAUACGGGGCUUCUUUUGUGAAUCAGUUGUUUGAGGGAAUGGAUGCCAAUCACGACGGUAGCAUUUCGCACAGUGAGUUUCGUACCCUGUAUCUGGCAGUUCCAUCCCUUUGGACCCUCCCUGGGAUUGGACAAGAAGAGGUGGAAGAGUCUUUGGUUUGCGCCCAGCAAACGAGAAUUCAAUGA